AUGAAUAAUAAUAUUGAGUAAAAGUCAUAAAUUUAAAUUCUCUAGUUUUUUGAGUAUUAAAAUUCAGUCCAAAGCGAGAUCGAAAAAUCUAAAAAGAUCUUGUAAACUUUAUUAGACUAAAAAAAGAAAUUGUAUAAUGAUAAAAUCCUCCAACAUAAAGAAGUUCAAAAGUAACAAUAACAAUAAAUUGAUUAAUAAAAGAAGCUAAUUGAGGAACAGCAAUUCAAGUUGAAAUCAAAAGGCAAUAAAGAGAAUGUUUAAAUCCAACUUGGUUAAUUGAUCUCGUUUCAAUAAGAGUAAAACCAGAAGAUUGAAUCCCUCAUUGAAUAAUCUUGCAAUGAGAAUUCAAACUACAUUCAGUUAUAAGAGAAACUCAUUAGUAUAUAUAGAUCAUUGAAUCAUUAGAGUGUUAAAAUGAUAUUAAUUAACUUAAGGAGGACAGAGAGAUGAAAGAGAAAUUAAUAAUUUAAUUAUAGCAAAUAACAGGAGUGUAUUUGGAAUAUGAUUAUCAUCAGAAGAUUCUUGAUAUUCAAUUGGAAUACAACUAGAAUAUUCACAUUCAAAUAAAAUUCGAAGAUAAAUUAAGAAGUAAAUAAUUUAAUUAACUAUAAAUUUAGUUCAUUCCAUAAGUCCUAAGAAUGAGCAUUUCUAUUAAUUAAUUAAGGAAUUCAAUCAGGAUAACUAAUUGGAUAAACUUAUAUAAAAGAUUUAAUCAUUUAAUUGA